ACCCAGAUCCGGGCUCUCAGGUCCCAGCAUGAACCUGAAACUGGAGGUCCUGCUGUCCACCAGCAUCAAACACCAGAAACCAUGGCCUCGGCUCGACUGGAUCGGAGAGGAGAAAGAGGCUAUUCUGCUGUCUGCCGACCAGCGCCUGAGCAUACUAACCUUAGCAACAGGGAGGACCCACAGGAGGAUACCGAAACUGCAACAUUUGCUGAAGAACAUGCUGAGUGUUACCACCUCUGCUAAUGGUGCCUGGCUGCUGGGACUGCUGAGUUCAGGACAGCUGUUCCUGUGGAAGAAAGAUGCUGACUGUUUGAAGACUGUUGCAACAGUUGCCAGUGUGAGCACAGUAGCAGCAGCUGCCCGUGAAUCUGCUUCGAAGCCAUUUCUGUUUGUUUCGAGGAAUGGCAAGAGAGUCCUUGUGGCCAGUCAGGCUGGUACAGUGUUCCUUUGGGAAAGUACGGAAGAGCGAGACUUGUCAUCUAUUCCGGAGACUCAGUUAAGUGGCAGCUGGGCCCAGGUGAUGGUGGAUGAGAAAGUCAAACUUCCCCAAGCUGACGAUAAGGAGAGCACAGUACAUGCCGUCUUUCACACUGAUGAGGGGCUGGGGGAUUGCUGCUUCUGUUCCUUUGUCUUUACAUGUGGAGAGGUCCUGGUGCUGACCACACUGAGAAUGAAGUGGUUUGAACAAGUGGAGAAGUGCACAAGUGCCAUCCCAUUCUGUGCCCAGUGGGUGACACAGACACACUCACUGGGAGCUCUGAGCCCGGUGUGUACUGGGGUGAAAUCAAGAGGUGCACUGUUAGCAGCUUUCUCCGGGGACGGCCUGGUGCUUGCAGUCAUCAUCAAUCAGAAUGAUCCCAAGGCUACCCAGGUGCUGUUUGUGAACCCACUGAAUGAUGUGAUGGUGUCAAGCAGCCUGCGAGGCUGUGGCAGUAAAGGGCAGCCUGUGCCAGUCAAGUUUCUCAGAUCUUAUUGGGUUGGUGCAGUGAGCUGGACACACGAUGACCUAUUCCUGGCCUGUAUGCUGAAACGUGGGGCCUUACUGUUACUGUCCCGUCUUGGCGAGCUGCUGUCCAUCACCACAUUUGGCUGCUCUGUGGAGUUUGGGCCAGCAGAGUACAUCCCACUCCAUCCAUUAAUCACCUACAGACCACCUCUGUCCUCGCUUCUAAGCAUCGAACGUACAGGAACUGAUAGCUCUCCUACCUCUGAAGAUGACCCAGUGAGUCAAUGGUUUUCUGUGGCAGCCCACCCUCGCUUACCCUACCUCAUUGUGUCUGAUGGUUACAUGUUUACCCUGAUGCGUUUUGCAGCGAAUUACUCUGCAUCAUCUGUUUUAAAGACUGUUCUUCUGGAGGUGACUCAAGAUCUCAAUGAUGUGCGACACUCACUAAUGAACUCUGAGCAUAAAUAUGUGAACUACUGCUUACAGCCCAUGUCAUCCCUAAAAGGAAGUUUCCUGCAGGAAUGGGAAAUGCAAGGGCCUGGAUCGUGGAUGUCCCCAUCAUUCUUGCAGGAUGAGACAGCAGCAUGUGGUCAGGUUGACGAAGAUGAUGAUUCUGAUGAUGAUGCUCCAUGCCUUCCUGAUUACUCCAGAUUCCAGGACUGUAACCCCAAUGCCAUGGAGCAGGGCCACCUGGAGUUUGCCUCCAUGUUCGACACACUCCAUGCCAAGCAGGCAGGUCAAGAAGAUCAUCUUGAGGCUAAAUUCAGACAGAUGCAGAACAACCUUUUGGCAGCCUGGAGUAUGCUUGUUUCUGUGAAGGAGAUAGAAGGCAGUGAUCAGCUGCUUCAAUACACAGUUCAGGCCUUGCUGCAGUUUGCCUGCCUUCUUCCAUUUGCCCCAGCCACACUCCCGAGCUCAUCUCUAAAGGGAAGGAACAAGCUGGUGAAGAAAGUCUUGAAGAAAAGCCCAGGGAUAUACAGGACAUUUCAGCUCCUGCAGUAUUGUUUGACUGUCUUGUGCUGGGAUUGGGUGCACAAGCAAUCGCUACCGCACGCUGUGAGACUCACGGCAGACAUUGUAAAGUUAAUGCUGUCUCAAAAGCUGGGGUCAACUUCAAUCUCUCACUCACUCCUUGGCAGUCUCAUGGUACUUAAAUUAACAUCUAUACAUCUGGAUGCAGUGUACUCCGUUCACCCUCAGGAAUUCAUGGGUCUCACGUGGAGCAUUGUUUCGGAUUCUCUCCAAGCAUCAGUAUAUCCCAAGGAGAAGUGCUCUCGCUUAACCAUAGUUGAGCUACCCUCCCAAACAGUACAAACCAGCCAGCGACCAUCACACAGACUGGCCAUCGCAUGGCGCCUGUUGUACCAGCACGCAUUGCAGCACCACUUCCAAAUACAGAAACCCCAGCAACAACUGAAAAGGGAAAACAGAAAGCGCCUUCAAAUGGAGGAGGCUGUCAUAACUGCACUCCUGUCCCAGAUUCAGGCAACAUUUCAGACCAUGGGAGAGAGACUAGGACAAAAUCGGCAGCUUAUGUCUCUUGCAGGUGAGCGCAACUUUCUUCUGGGUUCGUACCAGGAGGCAAUACAAAUCUGGAGGACUGCACUUCAAGAGGAAAUGGGCAGAGAUGGGAGGAGAGUGAGCUACUUGCAGACUCGUUACAGCCUGGCCAUUCUUUACACCCACCUCUAUCUUUACAAUCUCAGAGCUGCUCAACACUUUUGCGAACACCUUGUGAGACGGGUGGUAAACCAAGAUCAGUCAGAGAUCUCUGAAGGGACGUUUGGGCUGGCACCGAAUGGCUUAAUGGUGCUUGAUGUUGGGCUGGAUGCUGCUCUGGCUGUGAUUCAAUCCCUUGCCCGAUUCAUGGCUCUGUACUUCAGUAACCAGCCUGUGUUUGUGCUGCCACCUCACCAUGUUGACACCCUGCCACCUCUUCACUACAAAACAGGUUGCCUUCCCCGGGUGGUCUUUCUUCAGCGGUGCCGUGUCUCACUGGCUGUACGAGAACAGUACCUGUCCUCCACCUGGAGCGUGAAGUACACAGUUGAACUGAUGCUACUCAGCAGGCUCUUUCCAGAAGCUGUCUGGUUUGCCUUGAGCCUUGGGGACUGGAAGAGUUCUGUGGUUCUGGGUCAAGCUUUCAGUCUGCACUGCCAAAACCUCCCUGACCCGAGCAGAAGGAAUUGGACAAUACUGCAUUUACCAGCAGACCUGCAGCCUUCACAGAUCUUCCGGGAUAAAUUGCAGACACUAUUAGGCUGCCCAGGCAACAGGAUGGUGUCUUUGGAUAGCUGCAUGAUGGCACCUGGAAGAGACUCUAAACCAUCAACAGAUUCCUUUGAGGAAGUGGGUACAGAUGCGUUGUUUCUCUCAGUACAGGAGAUCCUGAAAGCAGCGGUGAUGGUGAAUGCAGAUGUGCUGUCGGAGACCUUUCAACUUUUGAUGCAGACAGCAAAGGAGCAUGGGAGCAGCCUGCCUGGGUUGGUUCCUGAUGGCCUGUACCUCCCUGCACCUCCAUUAUAUUGCCCUCAGCCUGCUAUUGACACAGAGAGCAUUGCACAGGAUUCUGGAUUAUAUGCAGAGAAAGCUGCUCGGCACAAAUUGUCAGACAUCAUCCAGCGGCAGCUUCUGUUAUUCAGGGCUGCUCGCUGCUCACUCCCAGCAGCACACUGGUACAUCAACAAGCUCCGGCGUGCUCAAAAGGUCAUGAAUAAGAUCAGAGGGAAGGCUGGUAUCCCGCCACUCUCUCCCUUCCCUGACUCAUUGCUACGUUAUGGGAAAGCUCGGAGCAGCUUCUUCAGACCGGGAGCCGGGGGCGAUGCUACUUCCAGUGCAGUCUCCAGCAGAGUAAUCAGCUCUUUUCGAGAUCUUUGUGGAUUGUGCUGGAUGUUCCAUGUCCGUGAGAGGUUGAGUGAGAGCUGUCGCAAGUAUCAAAAAGCCAGAGACAGUACCAGAUCAUGCCAGGAUGACCCAUAUGCAACUACAGGAACAGCACCAGCAGAGUUGCUAAUGGGAAGAAGACUCCACACCAGGCUAAGUCGGAUCUUCCCAGGCACGGGGAAGGGUGAAACAGCAUCAGGAACUCCAGUGCUGAAUCCAGGAUUCCACCAAAGCUAUGAGGUAACAACAGAUUAUGAUGCUGCUGUGCUUGACCAUUGUCUGAAUUCCCUGGACUGGGCCUGUCGAAUGCUGCCCUUUGCUAGGUUCAUGAAUGUGGAGGAGCUGGUACAGGACAUCAUCCUCAGCUUGGUUAGUGAGCUGCCUCCAAUCAGAAAGGUUGCUGAGAUUCUGGUCAGGGCCUUUCCUGAUGUGGAAGACAUUCGCGUGCCUCUCAGGGAUAAAUAUCACUCAUUGCAGCAUCACCUACGUCACAGCACAGUGCAAGGCCUUGAUGGAGAUGAGAUGAUGUCGGUCCUGCUGCACGAGCUUCAUGGACAGAGGAUGAAAGUGAUGAAGCGGGCAGUCCAGACUAUUGGUCCUACUGAACAGCACAUUUGGGAACGAACUGAUGAGGGCUUGGGGGACCAAGAGGACCAGACAUAUGAUCGGUUCUCAUUGGGAACAAGUCUGAGCAGAAGUUCUUUGACAGACACCAGAAGAAGCCAAAAUGGGGGAGAUGGGAACACAACAGACAAUAUCUCAGAGGAUCUCCAGGAUCUAGGUGAACACCAGGAUAGAAUCCAGCAGUUACUGGGAACUGGUGACAGGAACCCAGCAUCAGGUCUCCAUAAGAGCUCAGUCAAUAGGAGCUAUGGGCCGGGCUACAGAAAACCUGCACAGUCUGGAAAGGAUGAGAUGCACACAGCCUGUCUGCCUCUGGUUGGAUCAUGGGAGUUUGAGCGUGAUGAUGAGGAGUAUGUGAAGUUUCUGGAGCUGUUCCUGAGCUACCUGUUGGAGAGAGACUGGAUAGUGAAUGAGGGACGAGCUGUCCCACUGCUAAGCAGCUGCUCGGCCUUUCUGAAGGAACAGGAGUUGAACUCACUGGCAUUCCAGGUCCACACCACCUUAAAGAGGAGGCAGGUCAAAUCAAGAGCUGCUGGCCAGGUCUCCACAACAAAGAACUGUUCUCCCCUAAUGUCUGUGUUGCACCAGAACAAAAACCUGAGCUGUGGGGGAGGAUCAAAACCCACACACCCUUCACCCACUCAAGGGGUACUCCACUCCACUGGCUAUCCUGAAGUGGUGUCAAAUGAGUCCAUUAUCCACAGCUACUUUCCUGCUGCUAGCACUCAAGGCAGGGCAAGUGGCAGAGGCUUGUUUGGAUUAAAGUUGCACUCUUUGCCCAAUCAGUUAAAUGUGUUCCAGCGCAGAGAAGCUGUUCCUCGGUCUACCUGCUCCACUGAGGUGCCAGGGACAGCAGACCACACUCACUGCUCAUCACUGUCUGCUCUGUUAGAAGAGGACCUCACCCCUGACCUGGAGAUCAAGUUCCAGGCCACAGCAAAGCUCCUGGAGUGGAUGAUCCAGUGGUCUGAAAGGAGGCUGCUCGGUGGCCCUCACAAAGUGGAGAAAUUACUGGACAGCAACACUAACAUACGAGUCAAAACAUCAAUUCCUGUCAUCCUCCGCUCACUGUGGCUGCUAGACAGGGAUCUGGGGGCCAAGGCACAGGAUAACUGUAACCACAAGAAUAUGGAGAGUCAGGCGAUAGAGCAACCCAGGCUGAAGCUAGUCAGGGAUACCAGUAUGGACACCGGCUACCCAGCAUCUUUGGGGACUCCUGUCAUAGGCUUGGAGGCUGAUAUGAAAGAACACGUUGGAUCUUUUGUACAUGUCACCGACAGGUCGGAGUUUGCAGAAGACUUUCUGGUACAGGAUCUCAAUCACUCCAACCACAACCACCAACAGGAGCUGACUUCAGACUCUGACAGUGGAAUGGAACACGAUGCUGCAGGAGGUCAGGAGAACUGCACACUCAAACACGGUAAUGAAGGUGAAGGGCUCACUCAGGCACAUGUGAAUAUAAAUGAGGAGGAGGAUGAGGACAAUGGCAAUACUGAUCAAAGAGCCUACACUCCCUUUAGCCCCUGUAUAUCAAUCAGCAUCAAGCCCAAACCUAAAACUAGCACCAGAGACAAGAUAGGUCACAGCUUGGAUAUGGAAACUCCCCAGGAGGAGCCCAUCAUCAAGCAACUGGGAGAACAAGCAGAGCAACUGAAAGGAGAAGAAGCUGUGCGGGAGCAGACAGAAGUGCUCACAGGUGACUGCAGCGUGUCUCAGAUCACAUCCCAACAUGCCAUGCCUGACGCAGAUAGCUCUGGCCUUUUAAGCCUGCAGGCUGCCUCCUCGCAAUUACAGCCUGUUCUAAAUUGUUACUGUGUUCCAACUCCGCCUGCACCUGUGUCAGUGCCAGCUGCCACCCAAACCGAGUGUCCUGAUGGUCAGACUGUCAACAUGUCCAAUCUCUGUCGACAAAUGCUCCAGGAUGAAAUGUCAAAACUGGUUCAGCUCCAGCAAAUCAACUUCAUGAGCUUAAUGCAAGUGGUUGGAUCCUCGAUGACGAACCUUCCCAAUCUUCAGCAACAGCUUCCGUCCAUUCCCAGCCACAAUCAGGCUCCUUCAACCCCAACUCCUAACACCAAGUCAGCUGCAACCAGUCAAGUUCCUCCCUUGGGAGAAAGAGAGUCUCAGAAAACAGUAAUGAAAAACAGUCUGCCGCAGGACAAGUUAACUCAGACUGUGACUCAGAAGCCAGAGGCAGUGUUGCUCCAUCCACAGGAAGGUGAUGUGCCGAGCCAGCCAGUGAUCACGGCGUCCCAGAGUGUACCACUCAGAAGUUACAGUUCUGUUCGAACUCCCCUCCUGCUGCCUCCCAGGGCUCAGCCUCCUGAAACAGUCUUUCAGUUUUCUGCUGGACUCCAUUCGGCAACUUCUCUCCCACUGCUGCACCUACAUCCUCGCUAUGAGCUGAGGGCCCCCCCUCCGUCUUGUAACAAGAAACCUGGCUCCAUCCCCUUCCCACAGCCCACACGGCGGGUAGCCUGGGCCCCCAGCACAGAGCCCACUCACCAAUCUCAAACUGGCUUUCCAGCCCAUCUGAACUCCUCUGCUUAUGAUUCUGGGGCUGUGCAGAAAGCUAUGGAAGAUGAGAAGAGGAAAGAGGAAUUAUUUCGCAGAGGCCCACCCAAACACCUGAACCUGGACCAGUAUCAACAGCCAGCAGCCUCUCAUCAGAACGAAUCUCCAGCAACUCUCCCUUGCCACUGUGCAGAGAAAUCCCAGAGAAGCCUCCAGCCUCCAUCCUCACACACAGACAGAUCGCCCAUAUUUGGGCUUCCUCUCCUGCACCUCCCCCAGCCUCUGUUUCCUCUGGCAACGCAGCGCCUCAAGGCUGAGGCUGAGUCUGGGCAGAAGUGGAUAUCCUCAGCAUCAUCAGUUCCAUAUCCCAGAAGACAGCAGCAACUUCACAGCUUCUGUCCCGAGACUCCGGUGUCAAUGAUCCAUCCUCCAAGACUCAUACCAGCUCAGGACAUCAUUGCUUUUGAGCAGCGCCAACUUUGUAGAUCUCAACAACUUACCAGACAACAACAGGCUGGAGCCUUCUUUCUUCUGAAGGGCAGCAUUGAGCCAUUUGAGUCCAGGACGAGCUAUGAUAGUAAGAAGAGGCUAAAGCGACGGCGUGAGAGAAGAAUAGCAGAGAAGACCAUUAGCAAAUCCACUCAGUCAUCGCAAUGUCUCAGCUGCCCUCAGCCUCCAGAGAUUCCAAAGGUUGAAAACAGAGUCUGUGCGGAUCCAAGUGAUAGUCAGUCAGCACUUGAUACCUCUGGAGGUUUUGGCCUGCCUCUAGGUUCAUGUGACGUUCGUCUGGAGGACCAGCUUUGUCCAUUAGCAACAUCAGCAGGGUUGCAUUGCUUUGCCUCCACUAGAAAGAAUGCUAAAGAAAGACAAGAUGCCAGCACCACUACGGAGCAGGAUUCUGAGGCCCAGCUGCAGCCACCUCCAGCUGCUAAAUCCUACAAAGAUGCUGGGAUCCUCACCUGCUGUGAGACCGGGAAUGAUCAGCCAGUCACAGUUACUGCAGCUGCUAAAUCCUACAAGGAUGCUGGGAUCCUCACUUGCUCUGAGACCGGGAAUGAUCAGCCAGUCACUGCUGCUGCAGUACAAACCACAGCAGUCAGUCCCCCGCCAGUCCAAGUUGUUCCUCCAGAUGUGUUCAUGAACCUUCGGUUCAUUAAUGAAAUGUGCCAGAAACCUCUCUUCAUACCCACAUCUCAUGAAACACCUGACCAAGCUUUAUCUGGUCACAAGUUCCUCAAUGUUAUCGACAUUGAUGCUGGGGAAUUGCUGAAUAACCUUCCAGGCAGUGCAAGUGUUACUGAGCUGCCACCCUCAUCAGAUAAAGUAGAGGUAUCUGUACCCCAACUGCAUCUCACGGCUGCCUCAGUCACGAAUGCUGUACCUCCAGCUGUCUGCCAGCAACAUGGGAGCCGGUCUGUCAGCCCAAUCCAGCCCCAGAGUGAAGAUCAGAGUCAGCAGUUAGUGGAAGAUGAUCUCACACAAAGACUUUUGCAGCAGGAGAGUAUCAAUGUUUGGAUACCUCCACAAACCUCUGCCCACGCUGUGGGCACAAGGCAAACCCAGGCACAGCUCAGUGAAAUGGCACACCAGCUAAAUGCCCUGCAAGAUAUGGCAGAGGACAUGGAACAGGACUUUGCCAAUACUAAGAUGCUGAUAAACACCAUUGAGCACCUGCACAGUGCCAUGAAGCCUGAGGAGCAAGUGGAAUAUUCCAGAACUUGCAACCUUUCUGCUCUGGAUGCAGGUGCAGUUCUGCAGAAGGACAAAUCUCAGGAGCGAUGUGUGAGGGCUGCCGUAGGAUCUCGUAUGUCUGCAGACUGGCAAUGUCUCUCUCCCCGAUCUGGCACUGACGACAGAGCUCAGGAGCAGUGUUAUCCAAAGACACAGACUUCAGCUAGAUCAUCCAUUAGCCCAGACCGGCACCAGCACACACCACCUCUCGCUGUCAAGGACUUGCAUCUGUCUCCCGAUCGCAACCAACUGAGCAGAGAAACAGCAAGCUCCCGGGAUGAUCAACUUCACCUCAGUGGACUCAGUGGGGUCAGUGACAUUGUAGCUGACUUGCUCAAUGAGGGAAAACUGUCAAUGAAAGGCCUGGGCCUGUCUCAACAACAAAUUGAGAAACUCUCGAGCAGGUAUUCUAAGCCUCCAAAAAGAAGUGUGCAGGAACAGAAAGAGAUUCAGGAAUGGAUGAAACACAAGAGACAGCAGAGGUUUGCAACAUAUCGACAAUAUAGAGAAGAUCUGAAGAGUAAGGAGCAAUCACCAUAUCAUGCCAAGGACAAGCAGAAGAAAGUCACAAAUAAAGAAAUUAAAGAACACCAGAAGCAGACUGCAGUAAAGAAGAGGGUAACUCUGGCUGUGAACCAUGAACAGCGAACACAGGCAGCACUCAGCUUGAUGAAUGAGAUGUUGUGUGACACCAUUCAGCUUCCAGCGACUCAUCCACGAGCUCCGAGGGAAAGGCCACUAAAAUCAGCUCGAAGCACACCAUCUCAGCCGAGCAGCACACAAAGGGGGAGGUGUGCAGCAUCUCGCAGUCUCUCAGCCAGUCGGGCAGAGCGCAGUUUUUCUCGAACCUACUCGAUGGCAACUCAAUGCCGUUCUGUGUCUGCUUCACCUGGACGAGGGGGGCCAUCAGGAGCCUUGAGACCAACAGCCCAGAGGAGACCUUGCUCAGGUACCAGGCCGACAGACUGUGGGGUCAGCAAACAUAAGCAUGACAGGCCUGACUGUCGUCGGUUCUCACUCAGGCCUUCCUUCCAAACUUCACAUUCAGCAGAAGAUGAAUCCAACUCGGACACUGACUCUCUAACCCACUGGAACACCCCAGAACAGAUUCGUCACAUUCUGGACCGCAAGGAUGAUCCUUUCUUGCAGGUUGCAGAUUUGGCCAAGGCUGAUAGCUCGGAAUCUGCGGCACUAUCGGAUAGUACCAGCAGUAUCCUCAAUAAUUUGGACUGGAAUGCAGUGAACAAGAUGCUGGCCAGUGUGGAACAGUCCUAAACUGUGGAACACUCAUCCACAAAGACAUAGCAACUCACUGUAGGUCAGUGGUAUUGGUGGGACUAAGUAUCGCCACCUGUAGGAGCAGAACAAACUAACAGGCCACAGUGACAAUGAGUGGCCUGUACCCUGAAUGAGCACUGUCUCUGCACAGUUACACAGAUCCUGCUGAAUAAAUACAGAUGUCACUCGGACUGUUUUGUCCCCUUUCCAGAUUUCACAGGUUGCUGAAUAGGUGCCCAAGGUGAAUACAAGUCUGGCAGUUAUGUUUAAGUAGAAUUUUGAUAAUACUGACUAUUUUGAAUACUAUUGAUCUUCAGGUCUGAUUGGAUAUCAGAUAUUGUAUUUUUAUAUCUUUUUCUUUGUUUCUAUGGGACAAUUUGGGUGGCUGUUACCCUAAAUAAACACAGCCUUGUUCCUUUAUAGGUAAAGGUUUACACUCCAACAGAAUUGAGUCUAAUACCGAUAAGCUUCACUGGAGUGAGGCAUUGGGCACAGACUGAAUCAGGGGAGAGGGAUGCUGCAUUGACAUGGAGAUCCUGCCUAUUGAGGAGGAACCCAGUCGGAGGUCCGUUUGCUGUAGAUACAUUAUGACGAGACAGUUGAAUCCUGAUUCUGUCUCAUAGGACUCUCUAUCUCUAACUUUGUCUUCGUUUCAUUAUUCUUGACCGAGAAAGAUAGUGUUUUUUAUAGCAUGGGAAGAGGCCCAUCAGCCAAUCUUAUCCAUAUUGGUAAUCAAACAUCCAUCUAUUCUAAUCCCAUUUCCAGCACUUGGCCUGUAGCUUUGUGUGCUAUGGCAUUUCAGAUGCUCAUCUGAACACUUCCUGAAUGCCUUAAGGAUUCUGUCUCUAGCGCUCUUUUAAUGUAUAGAGUUCUUGGUAUCCACAACUUUCUGGUUAAAACGAUUUUCUCAAAUCCCCUCUAAACCUCCUGCCCUCUCCCUUAAACCUAUGCUGCUGAUAAUUGACGCCUCUAAGAGGGAACAUUUCUGUCUGUCUGAUCUAUAAACUUAUAACUUUUUACAUCUCAGAUUCACCCUCAGCCAUUCAAUCCCAAUUUCAUCUCUGUAGUGAUUGGAACCAGGUGGACCUUGCUGACUGUAAGAUCCUUGAUUGAGGUUGUUAACCUGGGCCAAUCAGCAAGACUUGGCCACCCCACAUAAACAGGGAAUACAAGCACUACUGCAAUAUGGCAGUGGUGUCGGGCUUUGGAAAAAAUAUCUAAACAGGAAAUUUACAAACUCAUCAGUUCAAGGGACUGACUCUGAGCUGGCUAGCCACAACUAUUGGUAUUGUGGAUGUGUUUUUUUUUUCACUUUUUGAGACUGGAUUUCCAAACUGGCUGGGUAAUAGCCAAUGUUAUUGCUGGGUUUUAAUUCUCAGUGGGGAACUGCUUUUUUAAACUGGCUGGUUACAGCGAGUGUAUUGUUUUUUGGAAUUGAGGCUAAGAUGACUUUGUGGCAGGGCUUGCUCCUUCAACCACACUUUUAAAUAUUUGCACUUUACUUUUGAUGGGUUUUCAUCUUUUUUGUAUCUGGACUGAGCCUCCAUGAGUCAGCUAUACCUUUGUGAGCGCGCUAGGCCUCUGGCGGACUAGGCCCUCUGUGGGUCGGCUGUAUCCUCAAGAGUAGGUCUGGCCUCUGGGAGCCUGCUGUGUUUCUGCAAGUGGACCAGGCCUCCAGAAUGGACCGAGUAUCUGAAUGUACGCUGCGAGGUGUGUGCUGGCUGCCUUCGGACACAGACUCAGCCCAUUAUGCUUGGAUUGUUUUGUACGCCCUGUGUUUUGAGUGUUCCUGUGUCUGGCAGGCCUUGCCGAGAGCCAGAAGGUGACUAGAUUGUUCCGAACGCUGGAUGGUACGUAGGUUAUCCUGAAAGCUGUUGCCCUGAGUGUUGGAAGUUGGGGUACAUCACCCUGAAAAGUGUUGUCCUGGUGAGGAAUGGGGAUGGGCUGUGCUAGACUUUGCUGGAAGGCACGUGGGACCAAGCCAAGGGCCAGAAGCUGCAAAAGGCGGGCUGUUGUACAGGAGGUCGGAAGGUGAGCAGGGACAGACAGGGACAGAUGAUUUGCUGGUUUGCCAGGGGAGUCAGUGUUGCAUGCAUUGCUUUUUUGUUGUUUGUUCGUAUCGCCUUAUCUUGUGUAGUUUUGCUUAAGUUUUUGUUAUGGUGGGAUUUGGGGUUUGGUUAUUGUCCCCUUUUCCUUGUAAGUUGUUAACUGAUUGCAUGGUGGGAUUUGGGGUGUGUUUCUCCAUCCCCAUUUCCAUGUAUAUUCUUGUUUUUUUUCAUUGAUUGUCACCUUGAUUUUGUUUUGUAUCUUUGUACAGUUUAAUAAAAGUAUAUAACCAUGAAAAACAAUAUAACCAGGGAAUGAGAGAUAAUGGGAACUGCAGAUGCUGGAGAAUUCCAAGAUAAUAAAAUGUGAGGCUGGAUGAACACAGGCCAAGCAGCAUCUCAGGAGCACAAAAGCUGACGUUUUGG